AUGGCCAAUUUGGUGCUGUUUGAAGUACGCUACGUUCUGGCGUCGAUCUGCUACUCCUUUCGUUGCAUCUCGUCACCGAUUACAUUUUCCUGGUUCGAGACUGCCCUCUACUGGCUGAUGUCGUUCAUUCCGACAGCAUUUUUAGCCAUUCCUCAGUUGGUCUACAUGUUUCUAGACACGGAAAGUCUGCACGAAUUCGUGACGGUCCUGGUGCCGUUCACCGAAAUCGCCCUGACCAUCGUGAAAAUGGUUCUCUGCAACGUGAAACGAUCCGAGAUCAUAAGCCUCAUCAACCAGGUGCAGACCGAGUGGAUGGAAUAUGAGUCCUCGAUGCGCUCCGAAAUCGGCGAGCUGGUGGCAGCUACCACGAAGAAGGUUCGCUUGUUCACGAUAAUCUACACGCUGCUGUUCGGUGUUCUGGGCCUCGAAUUUGGGCUGCUGCCGGUUACCAGGCUGAUCUAUUAUAAAGUGUUUGGCUCGGGAACCACGAACUACACCAUCACCCUGCCGUACACGCAAAGGUCUUUUUAUAGCAUCGAGGGGACUACAAGCUUCACCAUCACGUACUUCUGGAUCAUAGUGGCCGUCUACUUGCUUGUGAUGUCGCUUAGUGCCCUCGACUGCGUGUUCGACACGCUGGCCAUGCACAUUACGGGGCUGUUUAAACUGCUGAAUGCUGAAGUCGACCAAAUGAGUGUGGAGCUGCGGGCCGGCGUGGACGCCAAGCAGAUGCGGCAGACCUUCAAGCGCCUCGUCCUGAAGCACAAGACCUACCUAGCUCUGAUAGAUCGUCUGGAGGAUGCUUUCAGUGUGUACAUGAUUUUCCAAUUUGUAACCAGUUCUAUCGUGAUCUGUGUCGUACUCUACCAGUUCACUACGGUAUUCGGUUGGAACGGUGAGACCAUCAAAACGUCGACCUACCUACCGGGUGCCAUCAUACAACUUUACGUGUUUUGCUGGUACGCGGAGGAAAUGACCGAGGAAGCAGCCAUGGUGGCCGAUCAUAUCUACAACAUCCCCUGGUAUCUGGGUGAUAUUAGGUUGCAGAAAAUGUUUCUCACCCUGAUGGUGAAAGCUCAAAAGCCUACCGGUGUCACGGCGGGCAAGUUCUACCUGAUUACGCUUCAGAGUUUUCAACAAAUCAUUAGGGCAUCCUAUUCCUACUUCACUUUGCUUAGCACAGUAAUGCAAGAAUAG